ACAGGAGAGGAAAUUUUUGUUGGUGAGCAAGCAGGACCACCCACUAAACCUGAUUUAACAAAGCUCUCUAUGGACUCUUUCAAAUUGUAUCGAGAAUUAAGGGAUUGUCUGAAUGUCCGCAUUUUAAAUGCAAUGAGAUUCGGAGAUGUUAAUUACACUAAUCGUGCUGUUUUUGGAAUACUUGGAUAUUUGUUCGAACUCAAGAUGUUAAUUAUGUGGAAGGAUGGUAUAUAUGUAUAUGAGGAGUUUGGGAGUUUCACAAUAGCUUCUCAUUCGAACAAUAUUCAUAUGAUGAAAUCGGGAAUAUUAAAAUUAUUAGGAUUUAUUAUGGUCAUUGAGACGGAAUUGAAAUAUACCGCGAAAAUAGAAUAUGAUAAUGAUAAAGUUCAGAUCCUGAAAAGAAAAUUUAGUGAUUUUAUUCAAACAAAGCCAUCACCAAUAAAGGUCGCAAAG